AUGGCAGAUUGUUCACAGUUGUCGGUGAUAUCCAAUGGGUUUAGUACUUUGUCGUUAUGUAGUUGGAUAUGUGCACAACUACCUCAAAUAUAUACCAAUUUCAAGAACAAAUCAGCAGAAGGUAUCUCCCCUACAUUUUUAAUCUUAUGGUUUUUAGGGGAUUUCCUCAGUUUCACAAGUUGUUUGAUGAAUGAUGUUGUACUUAAGUUUCAGGUUUACCUAAGUUUAUUCUUCUUAGCCAAUGACAUCACAUUAUGUUUCCAAUAUUACUACUACAACAGUGUUUAUCCCAGGACUUUAUAUACAUCCUUAAACGCUGUUACUGAAGAGACAGCAGAACCUACAGGAAGUGAUGUCGUAGGAGAUUCAGAAGUUUAUAAGACAAGUGCUAGGGUAAUUCAUGUAAGAAAUGAUUCUACUAGUCUGGAUAGCUUACGAACAUCCAAUAAUUCUCCUACAACAAGUUAUAACUCCACAGCCAAGAAAGUAGUAGCCGCAUCAUUGAUUUCUGGUUCCAAUGCUUUCAAAAUAUUCACAAAUGAACUGUCCAAGUUGGUCACCAGGGAAGAUAAUUCUUUAGAGAGAUUGGGAUUGUUUUUAGCAUGGUUAAUGACAGUUGUUUAUAUGUCAUCUAGAUGCCCACAACUUUAUAAGAAUUACAAGAGAAAAUCAGUGGAAGGUAUAAAUCCUGUAUUAUUUGGGGCUGCAUUGAUAGGUAAUAUCACAUAUACUUUAUCCAUUUUAAGUAGUUGUCAAUUUGUUUAUAGUGAUGGAAAGACCGAGUUUUUCAUGAAAGAAUUACCAUAUAUUCUCGGUAGUAGUGGAACUGUAGUAUUUGAUGUUAUGUACUUCUACCAGAGAUACAUCUAUAGGGAUGCUGGAAGGAAUACCAGUUUCAUGAAUUUAGAAAAUUGGGAAGAAUAG